UCGGGCUCCCACAGUGCCCCGCGCGCGAGGAAGAGGAGGGCCCUGCCGGCGGGGGCUCCUGAGCGGGUGCAGAGCGCGGCUGCGGUGCGUGCAGGGGGGGGGGGGGCGAGGCCAUGCGGCUGUGGGCGCUGCUGUCGGCGGCCCAGAAGGCGCCUCUGCCCCGCGGCUACCGCUACGGCAUGAACAAGCCCGGCUCGGCGGCCGACAAGGUCCGCAACCCGCCCGGCCUGCGGCGCAAGAGGGUCUUCGUGGAGCCCAUCGACGACGCCGACUGGAAGUUCUUCCAGGGAGACACGGUGCAGGUGCUGAAGGGGAAGGACGCGGGCAAGCUGGGGCUGGUGGCCCAGGUCAUCCGCCAGCGCAACUGGGUCGUCCUCGAGGGCCUCAACGUGCAUUACCGGUACGUGGGGAAGUCGGCCGUCUACCCGGGCACCUACGUGGCCAGCGAAGCCCCGCUGCUGGUGAAGGACGUCACCUUGGUCGACCCCUCCGACAGGAAGCCCACGGAAGUGGAAUGGCGGUACACCGAGGAGGGUGAGCGCGUCCGCGUUUCUUUGCGAACGGGCCGCAUCAUCCCGAAACCCAUCGAGCAAAGGGAGGACGGUAUCAUCCCAGAGCAGUGGAAAGAUGGCCCCAAGGACACGUCCGUGGAGGAUGCCCUAGAGAAGACGUUCGCCCCUUCCCUGAAGACCUUCCAAGAGGAAAUAAUGGAGUUGCAGGGAAUUGUCGAGACUCGCCAGUUCCGGAAAUCCUAUUGGUAUUGACGUUUCCGUAGUCAGCUAGACAGCGAGGGCAUCACCGGAUUGGACACGGACGGACCUUCCGGCCGACCAGGGCAGCCUGGCAGAAGUUUUUCUUUUUUGCAACGUUGGCCCCCUUAUUCGGGGAAGGGGGUUUGACUGUGGUCUUGCCAGAAAGGCCUUUGGUUUUUUUAAAAUAAAUAAGGAGCAAGCCCA